GGGCAAUGGACCGUGGAAACUGACUCUACCUCUUGUUAGUGUCAAAGGCAGGCUGGUGCCGGUGCAGGGUACAUUGGUAUUUCUCAAACGCCCCCGGGGCAACGAACAUUCGAGAUUUAUAUUCCAAGGGCCGCGCCGCCAGUCUCCCCUUUCACUUCGUUUCCCCCCCCUCCUUCGAAAGCCUCCGUCCCUUCUCCCAUUUCCUUCAAUUGUGUUGUUGAUUCUACUCGGAACUCCAUAACCACCUCAUCAAAGCUUCCACCAAGGUUAGUACCCUUCAAACUCCCGCCAGAGCUCUCCUACACAAUUCCCUUUGCCGUCGAGCUCCUGCCCUACCGCCUUAUCUCAUACCGAGAUUACCCGAUACGCCUGUGUCUCUCAGCAGACACACCGCAUACUCCCACGAGAAACAACCCCCAAUCUGACAUUCCAACUCGCGCAGAUGGCCGCUUCCACAAGACAGUUCGCCCGCGCGGCGCUGAGAACCUCCGCCAGAACCUCCUUCGCCGCCGCCGCCCCCCGCCAGGCCUUCCGCCAGCAGGGCCGCCGCCUCUACUCCUCCGAGCCCGCUAGCAAGUCCGGCAGCUCGACAUGGAUCUGGCUCUCCGGCCUGGCCGUCGCCGGCGCAGGCGGCGCCUACCUCUUCACCAAGGAGGGCGGCGUCUCCGCCGGCUCCGUCCCCAAGGUCGUUAACCCCACCAAGGCCGACUACGAGAAGGUGUACAAGGUCAUUGCCGACCGCCUCGAGGAGAAGGACGACUACGAUGACGGCAGCUACGGUCCCGUCCUCGUUCGUCUCGCGUGGCACGCCAGCGGUACCUUUGACAAGGAGACUGGUACUGGCGGCAGCAACGGUGCUACCAUGCGCUUCGCCCCCGAGUCUGACCACGGCGCCAACGCCGGCCUGAAGGCUGCCCGUGACUUCCUCCAGCCCGUCAAGGAGCAAUUCCCCUGGAUCACCUACUCCGACCUCUGGAUCCUCGGCGGCGUCGCCGCCAUCCAGGAGAUGCAGGGCCCUAUCAUCCCCUACCGCCCCGGCCGCAAGGAUGGCGAGGCCGCCGCCUGCACCCCUGAUGGCCGUCUCCCCGACGCCUCCCAGCGCGAGAAGCACCUCCGUGACAUCUUCUACCGCAUGGGCUUCAACGACCAGGAGAUUGUCGCCCUCUCCGGCGCCCACGCCCUCGGCCGCUGCCACGUUGACCGCUCCGGCUUCGACGGCCCCUGGACUUUCUCCCCUACCGUCCUGACCAACGACUACUACAAGCUUCUCCUGAACGAGAAGUGGCAGUGGAAGAAGUGGGAUGGUCCCGCUCAGUACGAGGACAAGGGCACCAAGUCCCUGAUGAUGCUUCCCGCCGACUACGCUUUGAUCCAGGACAAGGCUUUCAAGAAGCAGGUCGAGGUGUACGCCAAGGACAACGAGGCCUUCUUCAAGGACUUCUCCAACGUCAUUGUCAAGCUGUUCGAGCUCGGUGUUCCCUUUGCCCAGGGCGCUGAGGAGCGCUGGACCUUCAAGCCCACUUGGCAGGACUAAAGCAGUCGCUUAUCAUCCUGUUUUAAGUGACUGACUGAAGGGAAGGGGCGAGAAAAAAACCAUAGAGCAAAGAAGAGAGGCAAAAAGACGAAGGAGAGAGAUUUAGACUUGGGAGAUGAGAGAUAUCCACGCGGAAUCGGCGUACCGAGAGAUAGAGAGGGGGAAAGAGUCUGUUCGAGAGAAAGUGGUGGCCACUUGAUGCGCCCCUCUCCUCGAACCUGGUUUUCGAGCGACUGACCAACUUACCUGUAGUCCACUCCUGGACUUGUUUUCAUAUUUUUGUUGUCUUAUGUCCAUAGUUCCUGUACAACAUCAACACGAACCUUUGAAAGACUAAAAACACACUUGAUACUGAC